AUGUCGGCCAUCGGGAUGCCACCACACAUCUUAAUCCUGUUCCAUGCCAGGCCUCCCCUCACUUUUUACAAACCUAUCCAGAAAAAGAAGCACGAAGCGUACAGUGGCAUCUCUGAAUAUGUGAAUCUUUUUGAGGAUAAAGAGCCCCCCCCAAAGAUAAAGCUGGAAAAUGCCAAAGAAAGAAAGGAAAGAAAAAAAAAGGAGAAAAUAACAUACAAUGAAUUAAUGUUAAAGGAAAUGAGAAAGAAUUAUGAUCCAUUUAAAAAUGUAGAUUUGACAGAAGACCCCAAAAAAACGAUUUUCAUUGGAAGAUUAUCAUAUGAUGUAAAUGAGAAAAAAUUAAAAAAAGAAUUUGAAGUUUAUGGGAAGAUAAAAAAGGUGAAAAUAAUUUAUGAUAAAAAUUUUAAGCCAAAAGGAUAUGGCUUCAUAGAAUUUGAACAUACAAAAAGUUUUAACGACGCAUAUAAUUUGGCUGAUGGGAAGAAAAUAGACAAUAGGAGAAUUCUGGUGGAUGUGGAAAGGGCGAGGACAGUGAAGAAUUGGAUUCCUAGACGACUGGGUGGUGGGAAGGGACCUCCAAGGGGAUCAGAUGAAAGGAAAAAGAUGACUCAUAAUAUUAAUUUGACUGCCCUAAUUAAUAAGGAUAAGUACAGAAAUGACAAAAAGAAGGUAGAAGAAAUUUACAAGAAUGUUCCACUGUACAAUGAGCGCCAUGAUGACGGCAGCGAUGACGCGAAUGACACGUCCAGGGGACAUAGACAUCAUAGGAGGGACGAGCAUAGAAGCUCCAAGCGGGAUCGUCACCAUAGAAGCAGACGCAGCGAAUCACACGAGCACCACAGGCACAAACAUAGGCGUAGGGACAGCCGCGAUCGGGAUAGAGAGCGAGAUAAGGAUAGAGAGCGAGAUAAGGACAGAGACCGCGAUAGGGAUAGGGACAGACACAGAGACAGGGAUUACAACCGAGAUCAUGAACGCGACCGAGAGCGCCACCACAAGCGCGACCACAGUUACAGUCACGAUCGUAAUUACAAACGCGAUCAAAAUAAUCGCAACCGCGACGAGGACAAGCUCAGGCACAGAAGCCGGGACAGGGAAAAUGAAAGUGGACCCUACUUCCACAACGGGGAUGAGCGCAGAGCCGAAUACGAGCGAGCAGAUUCCCAUAUGAAUAUGCACAACAGUUACGGUGCAGACGCACCCGGAGGAAGGGAUUAUGGACACUACAACUAUUACUGA